CACACACACACACACACAGUGUAAACAACGCAGUUCACGACCUACACACCAUCCACUCGCAUCCAGUACAUACUAUGCAAGAUACACGAAACAGAGUGACCCCUGUUCUAUCAGUAUUUCCCAUGAAAUGACAACAGCUACACAUACACGCAAGAUUUACAACAGCCAAUCAGAUGUCACGCGAGCCCUAAGAACGCGAGCCGAUGAAUGAAACCGAGGCGCAAGGAUUGUUUCAGUCUCUUUGACAACCAUCAUCAGAGCCAGCCACUUGCUGUUGAAACCGUACCAUCAUCGUUAUCAACCGUUAACAACAUCAACGUCUUUGAGCAUCACCGGACAGUACAUCAACAACAGACAGAACAUCAACAAGAGCCACAUGACAGCCACGUCGGCUAACCCCUCGAGAACCACCAGAGGCAUCAACUUUUCACCAUCAUCAUAGUCACCAUCGUAUUCAUCACACAUCACCAUCUUCAGGAGCGACGGUGAGGAAUAACUGUGCUUUAACUCUUGUCCUCUCAUCUCCUGCACUGUGUGAAUGGAUUAGCCACAGAAAUGUCACCAAUGCCCAACAAGAAUAACGGUUGCCCCGAACGUUCAUUUCUGCUAACAGGCUAAACCCCCCGAGAACUGCCAGGCACCAUUCACCAUUCACCGCUGUGUCUAAGUGUACUCACCGGAUUCAUCCCCUUGAGCACAUCAUCAGGAGCAACGGUCAGGUUUUUUGGACGGAUAGGAUUGAAAAGAAGACAACUGGGCCAGGACUUCACCUGGUCAAAGGACACUGAUGGCGAGCCUUUCCCAGAGCGACCACGGAUACCCUUAAGUACCCUACAAAGGAACUUUCCCCCCCUUUUUUCCACUUUUUACCAUUUCUAUUUUGUUUAAGGCCCCGGGACCAUUGUUUAUUUUAAGUGUGCACACUGUUUUAUUUUAUUUGGGUUUUUAUACACUUCAAACAUUUUGUAAACAAUAUACGAGCUUUUUUCACUCAAAAGGAUUUAUCUUGUCUGACUCUUUAUUGUUGCACAACACUCGCUCCUCUCUCUUACUUAGAUCUUCUGAUCCAGGUCCUAGUGUUUUUGUUAUUUAUUUUAAUUGUAAUUCACUUUCUUAAAGGAAAGCCCGGUUACAAAAGUGGCGAGCCUGCUGCCAGGAGGAGCUAGUUGUUGAGUAACAAUAUUGAGCAGACAUUACUAAGUAAUUACUUAUCACCAGUAUGGAUUUUAUGCGAAAGUUUAGUGUUAAUAUUCCAAAUGCAGUAUUAGUCAGUGGCAUAACUCAGGUACCCGAUCAAGAUGAACAAGUCCUUGAUUAUCUUAAACAGUAUGGUAAAAUUGAUAGAGUCCUUUUAGUUGAAGACCCACACUCAGAAUUCUUCCAAAACCUGAUCGUUGAGUAUUCUAGCAGUUCAGCUAUUGAAACUUUAGAUCCCCACUUACCCUACAGUUACACUACACAAGGUGAGUCCCCCGCUACCUAUGUAGUAAAAACACUCAGUAGUGCGUACACCACCAAAGUUGGCUCAAAUGCAACAAAGACGUACUUAACGGAGCUCAAGCAAUUAGCCAAGGAGAGUGGCAAGGAUUAUGGCGAAGUUUUGAAAGAGAUGAUGUCCCAGAUUGGAAUGGAUAUAGAUGCCAUGCAACACGCGGCUGACGAUUCCCCCUCUGUACACGUCGAGGCGACCGUGUCAUCCCCACCUGUUCACAGAGAGCCACAGCACACCUCACUGUCUCAUGUUGCACCAAGCGGCCAUGGAGACGCUGACCAUGUCCUCCUUGCCAAUGCCAAGAGAACACCGUCCCUUUCCCUAAGCGACGUGAACCCCCCUGACAUCCAAAAGGUUGUGGUCGAGCACAUUGUUCGGAGGCAGGAUCCUUUCCCUCACAUGCAGUCCCAAGUGAGACUCCGCUCUUUCUCCGGCAAGAUCCCCAUACCCAACCAUGAGACUGACUAUGACACAUGGCGCACACACAUUGAGCUGCUACAGAAUGAUCCCAGUAUGUCACCACUGCAAAUAUCACGAAAGAUUCUAGAGAACUUACUCCCACCUGCUGUUGACGUCGUAAAAGGUCUACUGCCUGAUUCACUCCCUGCCGCCUACCUACAGCUGCUGGACUCAGCCUACGGCACGGUCGCAGAUGGAGAAGAGCUGUUCGCCCAGUUCCUGAACACCCUACAAGACCCCGGUGAGAAGUCAUCCUCUUACCUGCAACGACUCCAGCUAGCCUUAAAUCGAGCCACAAAACAAGGGGGAGUUACACACAAAGAAGGUGACAAGCAUCUCCUGAAGCAGUUCUGCCGAGGUUGUUGGGAUAACAGUCUGAUCAGCACCUUGCAGCUUGAGCAAAAGAAGAGCAAACCACCCCAGUUCUCUGAACUCCUGCUGAUGAUCCGCUCUGAGGAAGACAGACUGGAAGCCAAGUCAACGCGCAUGAAGAGACACAUCGGCAUCACGAAGCAGAAAACUCAGGUCCACUUCCAUGAUGCAUAUGUUCGUGAACCAGAGGAGAGCAGUGCCGGUGCCAUCAGUGUGAUUGAGGAUCUGCGAAAGCAAGUAGCAAGUUUGCAAAGCCAGCUCACUACAUUCAUGUCACAGAAAAAGACACAGGGAGCUAAUCGCAAGGGAUCUGCAGAAAAGCCUCAGAACAGACCACCAAAGCCAGGUAACACAGAUACAGACAUGGACAGACAGACCAGAACGAAAGAGACAACCAAGCCCCGGCCUUGGUAUUGCUUUAACUGUGGUGAGGAUGGACACAUUGCUCCCUGCUGCACUGACCCUGCCAACCCCCGUCUUGUAGCAGAAAAGAAAAGGCAAUUGAUCGCGAGACAGCAGCAGUGGGAAACACGAAAUGGUUCCAGUGUAGCUUUAAACGACUAACAGUUCCUGUUGUGGGACAGACAGGAGCUGAGGAGAGUCAAUCACGUCCCUCCGACGUAAGCAACACACAAACAGACCAUGGAACCAGAACACAAGACCAGAAAAACAAAGUUAGAGCAAACACUUCCACUACACAAACACAUUCCACUACUACACAAAAUGUCAAGAGAAGAGUAACAAUUAACGAACACAGAACUGUAAAUAACAGAAAACUGCCUAGAGGCUUAAUUGGAAGCAAAAGCACAGCAAAUGUCAACGUCAAUGGAAUUCAAUGUAAUGCACUGCUGGAUACUGGAUCGCAAGUUACAACUGUGUCUCAGUCCUUCUAUGACUCCCACCUUUCCGAUUGUCAGCUACACCCAGUUAGCGACAUGCUUGAAGUUGAGGGCGCCAACGGUCAGGCAGUCCCAUACCUGGGCUACAUUCAAUUACAUAUAAAGUUUCCCGAAGAAUUCAUUGCUUCACAACCCGAAGUACAGACUCUUGCCUUGAUAGUGCCAGAUACUCGCUCCAGUAGCAGCAUGCCUGUACUGAUUGGCACAAAUACAUUAGACCCUCUUUACGAGCAAUUCUGUGAUGGAAACACCAUGAUAAGUAACAUCUACUGUGGCUACCAACAAGUCUUGAGGACACUGCAGCUCAGACGGCACCAAAGCACAGAAGGUCAAGUCGGCAUUGUGAAGUUAGGUCGUCACGAGUCAAGCAUCAUCCCUGCUGGACAGAAGGUGGUCUUGGAAGGCGUCGUCACUGGAAAUGAAGCUAACAACGAGAGAUGGGCAGUAGUGGAAGAACCCUCCACUUCGUCCUUGCCAGGUGGGAUCUUCGUUGAUAGCUGCAUCAUCUCCAUCCCUGCACGGUUCCCGUACAAGGUGCCUGUAAUCAUCAGAAAUGAAACCAACCAUGACAUUACCCUGCCCUCUAACUCUGUCAUCGCCGAACUUGCCAUCCCUCACGAGAUCAGCCAGACCCACAACACCUGUAGCCCCAGUCAACUGUCAUCACCUACUGUCUGUUCCAGUCUGCAACACUCUC